GAAAUCAACAGUCGAAGAAGAAAGCAACUUAGGAAAAAAAGGACUCAGUGGUCGCCUCAGCAGAUUAGCUAGCAGUAAAAAACUGUCAGUUUCAGUGCAAAUAAUCGGUGUUAUUUGGUCGAUAAUGUAUAUUAUCGUUUUGUUUACACUCUGAAGUUUCUCCUGCGUCUCCGAUAAUGUUAAAAAUGAAGCUACCGGGGGAAACUGGCGAGAAAGGAGGCGACGAGACGGCGGAGGACGAUCCACUGGAUCCAUCGGAGAGGCAGCGUAUCCCCAGGGCGGCAGCGUCCCCCUCGGUGUACGAAAGGCUCCGGGAGCCGCCGGGACCCCGCGUCCACGCGCCGCAUCUGGACCGGGAGAGCGUGUUCGAGUGGUUCGGCCACCAUCUGAACCCAGCCAAGCGGAUCGAGUUCAUGUGCGGGCUGCUGCAUAUGUGCCAACCCCUGGAGCUCCGCUUCCUGGGAUCGUACCUGGAGGACCUGGCGAGGAAAGAUUAUCACGUUUUACGGGACUUCGAGUGCAGAGCGAACAACCCGGGCGAUCUGGGGCUUUUAGUGGACGUGGUGGACCCGGUGAUUCGGUCCAAACUCAUCGUCUGCCUGUCCCUCCUCGGCUCCGACAGGAGGGAAUGUGCUGGAAUACUCUCUCGGAUCCUGAGCAGCGUGGACCUGGCCUUGUCCUGCAGGAGCUUGGACUGCUCCCUGCCUCCUUUCACGGAGCCACAGCAUCACCCCCACCCGUCGUUUCCGCCGUGCCCGGACGGUUCUGUGUGCCAGCAGAACCGGGACGAACCAGCGGCAGGGGCUCUGGAGCAGCUGGCGCUGCUCUACACCAUGGCCUCGCUGCACCCAGCUUUCCAUUUCCACCAGCGGGAAGUUAUCCGAGGACAGCUGGAGAAAAUCGAGCUGGCCUUGGCGGAGGAAAAGCGACAGAGGCAGCUCAGGAUAAACGCCCAGGCGACGGAGCUGACGGGUCAGCAGGGGGACUACCUGGCCUCCCCGGCGCAGGAUUUGGGAGAGUGCGCGGCCUCCCAUCCUCCUUGCCAGAGCCGGCGCUCCAGUCGCUGGGCGGCACAAAGAGAAGCCGUGCAUAUCGAGGCCAUUGUGCUCCGGGGGAUCUCCAGGACAGGAGCAGAUAAAGAAUUCAACUUUGAGGUGAAGUGGUCCGACUCGUCUUCCAGCUGGGUGACCAAAACCCAUCACCAACUGGAGAACUUCCUUCUUAAGCUCCCCAAGGAUCAGUCCACGGAGUCUUUUGAGAAGAGCAUCCUCAGACUUCUGAGCCAGGGGGACCAGUACGAGAGCAGGGAGGUGGAGAAGAACCUCAGGGAAAGGUUUCUGUCUGCUCCGCCUCUCUUCAGACAGACGAGGAAGGUGUGCAGCUUCUUCAACUGCGAGUCCGGCCACUCCCCCAGAACCGCCUGCAGCAGAUACAACUUCCAGCCCGGGAAGGCCUACCCACCAGACGGCUCCGACGCCUCCAGCCAGGAUGAAGAGUCAUACGACCCCAAGAAGAAACCUGCGUCCAAGAGUCCAUGUCAGCUUUUGUCCCGUGCCAAAAGCCCCCAGGGGGACACCUGGAGGGGGGGCCACGCAGCAGAGCUCAACGGACCCACAGACAGAAGGAAGAAGAGCAGCACGGCCAGGAGCGGCCAGGAUACCGAGGAGCACCUGGACCCGGACAGGAGAAGCCAGCCAAGCUCCAAAAGCAAGAGCAGAUUUCUGCCUGUCGACAGGGACAAGGGGCCUGUCAAGGGCAGAGGAGCUGCCUUCAUGACCAACGGGAGUCUGCUACCAGCCCUGUCGUCUCAGAGGAAAGUUGGAGCGUCGCAUCCGGAGACGUUUGGGGAGACCUCCUCUGAAAGCUGCAGCUCUCCAUCCAGCCCUCAGUACAGAAGACGGGAGAGUCUGGAAAGUGACGAUGACGACGACGACAACAACAAAGACACAGACAGCCUCUCUGAUGACUGCGGUAAGGGCGUGGCCCCGGACAUGUUCUUCACACGCCAGACUGAGCCAGCGGUACUAGGAGACGCCUCCACGGUCCAUCCUCUGUCUUCCAACAGCCACAAGCCUCGGAUGGAGCCCCCCCUCCUAGAAGCCAGCCCUGACUUCCCCCCGCUCUCCUACAUCCAUUCCCUGGCCUGCGUGCUCCCCAACGGGGCGGCCGACCCCAGGCUCCCGCUGGUUUCUGCUCCCGGCCAAAGCCUGGCUCCUGACGGGAAGCCCCUGGCGCCGCCGCCCAUGAUGCCCAUGUCUGUAGUGCCUCCGGCCAUCCCAGGCCCAGGAAUUGUCGGGGAUCCGGAGAAGAGGGACGUUCUCACAACCUUCGGGGUUCCGCCUCUUCCUCUCCACUCUUCCCUGAAUGCAGGCGUGCAGCCUCUGGUUCAAAGGUUCAAAACGGCUUUGUCCCACAGCCCGGGUGGCGCCGAGGGACCCCCGGGGAGUGAUUCUGCCGCUGUUGGCCCCCAAGCCUCCAACCAGGUCCCCCUACGAGCCCAUGGGUCAUCGCCGUACUCCUCUCCCCCUCUGCCCUGCCAGGAGCCAGCCGGUGUGAGCCCAGGUCUGCCCCCCUCUCUGCCACACAUGGAGGCCCCUCACACCAAGCUCCAUGGCCUGGCCUUACCGUCGGGGAUGCCUUCUCCCUACAGCCUGGCCCCUGCACCCACCUCGGUCAUGCCUGCUCUGGGACCCUCCGUGGCCCCGGGAGUAGCUCCGUCUCCUGCCCACGUCCCAGCAGCUGUUCCUCCAGCGGUGCCCUCAAACUCGCCUGGCCCGGCGCCGAGCCACAGCCCGGCGCAGACCGACUCCCCCUCGUACGGCAACCCCUGUGCUUCCUGUGGAAGCGCCCCCGUCGCCCCUGGCAACCCCAUAACUGUUCAGCAGACCCAGCAGCAACAGAUGCCCCCGCAGCAGCAGACGCCCCCCCUCCAGCAGCAGCAGCAGCCUAUGGGAUGUGGCAUCUGCGGUUGUCAUAACAACUGUGGCGGCCGAGGCGCCAGCAGCACCGUAGGAAGCUCUUCUGGCUGUCAGCCCCCCUUUUACUUCCCCCACCAGGUGGCGGCAGUAGCGCGCCAGAUGUUCGGCGUUCCUCAGUCUCUCCUCUACCUCACCCAGGCCCAGGCUCCUCACCAGGCUAACGGACCGCCCUCCCUCCCCCCUUUCUUCUCUGCGGCUCCGCCCCCGGUGCACCCGUGCCCCUACCUUCACCCUCACAGCCAGGCGGAGGUGCCGUCCCACCUGAUGGGCAGCCAGCCCCCCGUGGCGGUUGCGGCCGCAAACUACGGCCUGCAGCAGCAGAUGGCACCGGCGGCAACCUUCUCCCAGCGUGUCUACCAGCAUGUGUACCCGACUCCUCUGGGGAUGCUGCCUGCCAGCGCCCUGGGGGGAGGCGGGGUCAACAAGAAGAACGGCACGCUGUCCUGUUACAACUGUGGCAUGAACGGGCACUUUGCUCAGGACUGUAACCAGCCCACCAUGGACUCCUCGCAGCAAGGUGGCUUCAGGUUAAAGUAUGCAGCAUCCAACAUUUCAGAAGCACUUGACAAUGCAGACUGAAGGAGGCAGAGGAGGAGGAGGAGGAGGAUGAAGAGUUGCUCUCGUCGUCGGGCCUCCAUUGCUCCCAGGUACCGAAGCGCCUGGUACCGUUGGAAGACGGCGCCACCUGCCAAGGGCUCAGCGGGCCUAGCCUCGGUACACGUGCCUGACAGAGAUGUCGUUACCAUGGAGACAUUUCUCACAUCCCAACAGUCAUGUGACUCCUGGUCCCAUACCGUUCAGUUAGUUUGGACAUUUUUGCACUGAGGGCUGGAAAAGAUUAAAUUAUUACUUUAUAGGAAGAUUUGGAUCUUUUUUUUUUUUUUUUUUUGGUAUCCUUUCUGUGUGACUUGAGUCGCAGCUCAGAUGUCCUGAUCCACCUUUUUCUUAAGGAGUCGAGUCUAUUUAUGCUUUCGUCUCAUUGUGUUUAUCUUGGAUUUUAUCGUGUGGAAGAAUUGUACAGCAGUUUUCUAAGAUCAAUAAUCGCUCAAGUUUUGGAAGCAGAAGGAGUAUUAUCCUGAAGUUCUCUGCACAGUUUUGAAUGUAAACCUUCAAACUAAGGAAUCUGUGUAUAUUUAAGGAUUUUCAUUGAUUUCUAUCAACUUUGGACUAGAAGGUAGCUGCUGCUGCUGCUGCUGCUGCUGCUGUUUUAAAAUGAUGAAUCUCGUUUAUGUUGUCUGACUUGGACUCAUGCAAGGCGAGAACCAAAGUGCGCCGUAGAGCACCACGACCGAGCUCCUGCCGGGGCAGAACCACAUGAGGGGAACCGUCGCUGUGGCUUUAUUACAGUGCACUAAAGAGUUUUUCUACUUGCUGUUUUAGAUGGAGCCAGAUGUCUGUUUUAAUCAAACUAAAGAACCACCUCCUGACCCAACACUUUGUCAGACAUCGUGUUUGUAACGCUCGGUAUUGAAACAGGAGGCGGACGUGUCGGGUAGCGCUACAACAUAUUUUUAAAAAACCUUUUAGUAAGUUCUUGACCCAAACCCUGCACAUGUCUUCGCUGCGCUGAAAGCGGCGGUUCGUUAAAGACGAAGAUUUCUCUGGGAGUGCCGGCGGUUUCCUCACAGGACGACUGGGGGAGCAGAACCACGCUGUCGGAGCAGAACCACGGCGCUGGAACGGAUCAGCUGUGGGCGGAGGACGCCGGCCUCCGGUGGAACCAGCCACUGACACCAGACUGUAGAACCAGGAGGGAGCGUCACCUUGAUUUGAUGAGCUUUUUUCAGAUGUAUAGCAGACCCGUUAACUGACACUUGAUUACAUGUGUUGAUAAACUUGAAACUCUUUGAUUUGAAGCAGUGGCAUUUUGUUUUUUGUUUUUUAUUCAAGGUAUUAGCAGGAUUUAUGAAGAACAUGGAGCCCCAGAGGGUUCGUCCACUACAUUUAGCGCUUUAAUAUAGUUCUAGAGAGGCUUUCAGUGUCAGCAAGGUGUUUGAAAAGGAAGGACGUGACAUGGAGGAAGGUUCUAGAAAGGAAACUGGGUUUUCUACGGUGGCAUGCUGGCUUCUGUCUUCCAGAGGUCUGGAGUUGGCCAAACAUCUGAUUGGUGCAUCUCCAGAUCUUCUCUGCCCAUUAAAAAAAAACUAGAAAUCUAAGAGCUACGGAGCUGAGAAAGUUCCAGACAAGCAUCAGUUCUGGCCUGGGUUCUUUACUCAGCCACAUGGUGGUGUUCCUACAGCAAGCUGCCAGCCUACAGAUGUCCAGCCCCGGCUCUGUUGGGCCCGUUGAUGCUUCUCAUGGCUGCUUACCGGUUCUUUCUUCUUUUCUGGGCUUCGUCGCCGUGCUGCUGGUUUUUCUGUGUGUAUUUGUCAGCCUGCUGUCGCUGCAGCCGAUCUAUGCAUUCACGCCUCUCUCACCUGAAGGCGACUGUCCGGUGGUGGAAGCUCAUCUGGUCUAAACUGCUUGAAAAACAACACCCUCGGCCUUCAGCCACUGCCACCGGUCCGUUUCCAGCUUCCCACCACAAGCUACGUUCAGAACCAGGUUCUCCUUCAGAUGAGGAGCAGAGGCGGUGCGCUCAGACUGCCGGUGUGGACGAAGGAGGAGGUCCAGCAGACACGCUGACCAAGCAGCAGACCACCCAGCAUUGUUUUGCUGACCCGUUAGAACAAUGCUGUACAUCCGCCAGGGCCCCUCUGCUGCCACCUCAGCCAUUAUGUUUACUGUACUUUGAUACCUAUGUACUGGAAAGGUCAAAUAUAUUUCUAGAGUGGAAUUUGGAUUUUAUGCAAACUGAUUUUUUUUCUCCUUUCACUAUAAGCAAUAAAUG